CUAAUUCUCACGCUUAGCCGUUAGCGUUGCGCCUUUGUCUUGCUGUUACGCUCCGCAGGGCCCCCACACUACCGUUCUAGGAUUUGUAAUGGAUAACGGCCCCAUAGUUUCGCUGUUCAGCGGCUCUAUGCUGAUGGCGUUCUCAGCGGGCAUGUUCGUGCACCAGCAUCUGACCGCUUCCGCUCAAGCGGAACAAGUAGAACGCGUCAAGGCGGAUGCGCAGCAGGAGGUGGAGCGCGCCAAGGUGGAGGUGCAGAUGGCCAAGCUGGAGGCGCAGAUGGAGCGCCGCUUUGUCGACGUGAUGGUUCACGCGGACUAUGACGCAUGGCGAGCGCGGCUGGGCACGGUGUUGAAUGAGCACAGCAAGAACAAGUGAGGCGCCGUGGUGCUCACAUUGGAUGAUGGAGACAGCAAGCAGUCGAGAAGCAGUCUGGCUGCGUGUGUCAAGCCCUGGAGGAUCCCCCCUGGCUAGUGAAUGUUGACUUGUACGACUUGGCGUUAAGCCCCAGCGUCUGCCUACUUGUAGUAAUCGUCAAAUUGUCAUGUUCUAGCCAGCCAAUUGAUGCAUCGCUUCGCCCUGGUCGCUGCCCAGCUGCUUGCGACCGCCAGGGCAAGUUGAGGGAUGGAUGGUUGGCUUGCGAGCAGGUGGAUGGCAUAUGCCGGUUCUGCACGGCACAACAGUAUCAAUAAUUUUGUGUGGCAUUCGUAAUGGCAAUGCAGCUGAAGGGACAAAGAGCUCAUAUGGCGCACACUUUCAGUUCCGAGGGGCUACGGUGACAAUAGGGAAUAGCAAUUAGUAAUACGUGGCGCUCGCGGUUUGCGCCAGUAUGGUACUUUUUCGCAGGCACAGGGGCUCUGAAAAUUGACAUGUGGGGGCCAAGCAAGGGACUGUCCAUUCAAGCAAGCUUUGAUCUGGAGGGCUGUUCGACACACGUUGUGGACACUGCAUGUUGCAGACAGGCGGGCAGUAGCACUGCACAUAAAUGUGGGUUGCAUCCGGUGGUGCUGAUGCAAGGAAGUUGGAAUAUAGGUUGCAUUGAAACUUGGCACUUGAGAAUUGCUAGCUGGAUGUGAGAUUUAACACCACCCCUCCCCACGCGUGCAGGGGUCUCUGCGGGUAACAAGACCAUUUUGCACACAGAACUUGCUGCUGGUGGUGCUUUGUGUGCGGACAUGAAUUUGAGGUGCUCCUGCGCCUGGACGUGCGGCGGUGAUGCAAAUGGUGGGGCUCUGGCUGAUGUCUGAUUCCCACACUACCGUUCUAGGAUUUAUCAAGGAUAUCGGCCCCAUUGUAAUCCGCAUCCAUAGUUUCGCUGUUCAGCGGCUCUAUGCUGAUGACAUUCUCAGCGGGCAUGUUCGUGCACCAGCAUCUGACUCUGUUCGGACAAGUGGAGGCAGUCAGAUGCUGGUGCACGAACAUGCCCGCUGAGAAUGUCAUCAGCAUAGAGCCGCUGAACAGCGAAACUAUGGGGCCGAUAUCCUUGAUAAAUCCUAGAACGGUAGUGUGCAAUAGCGGCAGAGCUGCUUGCGCAGCGGCAGCAGAGCUGCUUACCGUAGCGGCAUAGCGGCAUGGCGGCUGACAGGCGGUGGCGAUACGCGAGAGGAGGGAGAGCGGCACGCUUCGGGGUAAUUGCUGUUGUUGGUGUAACCUGAUACAGCAGACGCGGCGGAAAUGCGCAUGGCGGCUCGGACCCCUGCAUGCAUGCAUUGGUCACCAAGCGUGUGGGUUGGGUCGUGCAUGCCUGUCUAUCACAUGCAAGCCAAUUGCCAGCAUGCAUGAAGCGAAAGAACGUGUGGUCGAGGAGAAGCGCGCGUUGUGGACGGGGGUGCGUGUUGCCUGGCGUGAGCACCAACACCGACGUGUGUCCGGCUGUGCAUUUACGACCGGGGGAGGGUUGCCGCACCAUGACAACGCAGAAGCAGCGCUUGCGCCAGGAUCAGCUUUGUGUGCGCGUGACCACCUGCAACACCAACUAAGGAUGCUAUGAUUUCACAUGAUGAUUGACUCGGAUUCAGUAACCGACGCGUGCGUGCCAGGGGGCACGCGCUGUACAGUGCUGGGAUGCGCCGCCGCUGGAGUGUUGAAUGGUGGUGUGGUGCGGUUGACACUGGCUUUGCUCGAGAGGUACAGUUCGCGUGUUGCUGUGAGGCUCGUUGCUAUACGUUGUGUGGCGCCGAAAGGUGUUCGCGAUGCUCAAGAAGGCGGUGUGGGCUGGCGGAGCGGGAUGCGCAUAGCAUCUCAUCUACAUUGGGAACUUGGACGGCAGGUUAUGAUAUCUUAGUGCUACGCAACAAACAGCAACAUCAGUGGUGGCAAUCACCCCUGGUGACAAUAGCAUUCGGUUCUGUUUCGGGGCGUAGCGAUUGAGCUAUGCGAGGCACUCAGUAAGGAUGGGAUGGGUGUGAGCCAUUGUGACGCGGCCACUGACACUGGAGGGUGGGCUGGCGCAUGCUUGGGCGCAACUUGGGCCGUUAGGCGUUUGCGCGCGGUAGGUGGGGGAUUUGUGUGUCGACGGUAAUCGACAAACCAGGCGUGCAUGGCCUGUUGCAUGGUGUUCCCCAUCGCUGCAAUCCAUGGGCCACACAAGGCUCACACUGGCUCAUACUCCG